CUCAACAUGCGGCGGAUGCUGCAAGCGCCUGAACCCCAUCUUACUGAGAAUCUCAAGAAAAUCUUCGCGAGGCUAGUCGAUCCGCUCGAAGACCCGGUCUUCCUGCAAACUUAUACGGUAUCGAUCAAACACGAGUUCAGAAAGGAUAUACAGCCCGGUGGAGAACCUAAGGCCCGUUUUAAUCAGUUCGCUCAGGCAUGUCUGAAAGCUGGCAUCGUGCCCACGAUGGCAACCGUUGUACGACAAGACUGGACAGGAGAAAAUGUUGCCAAGGAGAGAUACAUUGCACAAUAUCACGCGAUGGAUGGUUUAUGUGAUAUGAUGCGGACAGGAGACGUAUCGGACCGGCGGAAACUUCUUGACAAGCUGUUGGAAGAAGACAUUGUCGGGCUAUGCUUACAGCUGGUGAAACAUCCACUAUGCCUCAUGCGCCAGUUGGCCGUCAACACCCUGCGUGUGAUAGCAGCGGAAUCUUUUUUGGGAGAAAAAGUUUCCGGGAGCUUCGCGGCGGACAUCAUAGAGUCGGUUUGUUUGUACACCCUUUCAGGGCCUGACCAUGUUAUCGAGCAAAUGCAAGACCCCGGUAGGACCUGGCAAAGCCAGAUGAUCAUGGGAAGAGAGAACAUUCCCCCCAGUAUAUCAAGUAGAUACUGUCCAAGGUGGUUUGCUAUGGCUCAGGAGAGCGCUAUGUGGACUGCACACGGCCUUUUGUGCACUUCCUCCCCCAGAUCACGGGCUCAUUGCCUCGAGAUCCUCCAGGCCAAACCUCAGAUUCUCGAUUAUCUCCUCGAGUGCGCGGCACUCGAAAGGAAACCGUGGUAUCCUGAGACACAGGUAGACUCCAUAGCCUGUGAGGUUUUGACGCAGCUGUUCCAGUGGCCGGUAUACAUGGUCCCUGGAGUUCCUACGGAUCAACUGGCCGCCGUGCAGGAGAGGGAGGCCGCGUCUCAAGCAUUGGCCAUCUUGACGUCACGGCAAGACUGGGCCAAAAAGGUCAUUGAUAUAUGGAUGCACUUACAAAACGAAGAUAUACAGAAAAUUAAGGGUUAUUUUGCCAGAGUUAAUCUCGAUUAUGGUGCCUUCAAUCCACCGGAUGAGGAAGCGUUUCUUCAGGUGUUUGAAUAUCGCGGCUUUUCACGUAUUUCUACUCUACGCCUGAUCGCGACUCUCACUCACGCAGCAGACUCAUGUGGCAUCGCAGAUGCCCAGAUUGAGUCCUUCCUCCACGUCGCUUAUCGUGGCUCACGCAAGGUGCAACCCCUGAACCGAAGCCUGGGCCUCGAGGCGACCUUCACCGCCAUUGAGAACGAGCAAGAAACCUUCCGCUCCCCAAUGUGGACCGUCUUCACCGGAAAGAACUCGGAACAUCCUCAAUCUGUUGCACCUGAGAACAUCUUGGGCCCUACCGCACUCAUCCGCCUGUUUGUCGUCCUUGCGCAGCGAAAUGUAUUGACGGGCAUCCAGGCACUGCAGAAUACGCCUGUCGGCCUAUCCCCUUCGACGUCUCUCGCUCAGAUCAAGCAGAUUACGCGACCGGACGUCAUUCGCCAGAUAAUCAAGAUGUCACACUCGCGCAUACGUGCACGGCUGGACAAGGGUCGUGAGCGUCUCAUGCUCCAGAGAGACGACUACGGUUACGCCUGUGCGGCGUACACGAGCGCUGCAGAGCUCGCGGCAGCACUUAUCGCGCUCGAUACUCAUACAAGUGGGACGUACGCAACGGAGAUCAGAGGGGCGCGGAAGCAGCUCGUGGUCGCCUUGAGCCAUGCUUCGCAGAUGGCCCUCAACCUCAAGCAUUACGAACGGGCGCUUCACUUCGCGCAGGGUGGUAUUAAUGCAGCGGAGAAUAUUCCGUCGGAGGAAGGCUUGGACCCGGAUUUCACCGUGAAGAACCGGCGACGAGUUAAGCAGGCGAACGAUGGACUCCGGCAUCGAUCGUAGGUACGUUCAUGUUUGGAGUCUCCUUGUCCCAACGAUGAUCUAUGUAUAUUAUCAUGUAGUGAGGAUUAUCCGUCUCUAUCGUACGCACAGACUGAUGAGUGCUUUUGUCCCAGAAUUACAGUGGAUCAUAAAUGCGAUGUACUGUAUGAUAAAGACAAA